GGAAGAGGCGUACCUCAACGUGUAACCCAAUGUCUUCCGGAAGACUCUACCGGGUUAGGAAGCAAACCAAAAAAAACGGAGACUGCCUCCUCAUCGUUCUCAGCGGCGGCUGAUCGCUCGCGGAAUGCAGAGUUCUGGAGCAAACUAUUUUCGAGGCAGCAACCAAGGCUAUGGGUUCCCAUCGGAUCGAAACCUCGACGAGGGCCCGUCGAGCAUGAUGCACAACACGUCUCCCAUGGAGCGCACAGGCAAGCAGGGCCUCGUCAUGGGCGAUGCUGGCAGAUCCUUCCCUGAGAAGCGCAUCUUCAGCUACGACAGCUCGCGCGAGAUGGACUACAUCGCCCCCAGGAAGAAGAUCUACGAGUACCAGGACAGCGACCACGUUGCGCCGGUCGACUCGAAGAAGCAGAUGGGUGACUAUCACGGCAUGCCCAAAGCGAGUAAGGAUUACCACAUGAAAACCGGCCCAGGCUACGGUGGAGGCGGCAUGGGUGGCCGCGACUACGGUCACGGUUUGUCGGGAAAGUCAUCGUCCGACUACCGUGUCCCCGGCAUUGCCGAGCGCGGCGAGCACGUGGAUUCAAGGAGAGUUGGCACCGACUACUACAAGGAGCGGGUGCAGCCUAUGGGGGGCGAGCCGUACGAAGACUUGGAUCCGGGCCCCAUGCGCGGACGACCCAAGAGCCCUGGCGACUUCGACACACGCAAGCACGUGGCGCCGCGCAGCCUGAACCCUCCUGACCCGCAACGCUACGUAUCGGUGGUGUCAGGGGGCCACGAUCGCUACAACCAGAGGGAGCUAAGCCCACGGCAGGCCUACCAGGUCAGGCCCCGCAGCGUCGAGCCGUAUGGCACCGUGCAUAACCCGAUUCGGCGGGAGUACACGCCUGACGGGGGCCAUGAGGCCAGGCGGCACGCGCUGCGUCAAGAGCCCGGCCAGGAGUCUUUCUACCACAGCCCUGAACUCUACGACGAGCACCGGUCACCACUUCCUCCCGGCCCCGGCAGGGUGGGUGGCGGCGGUAGUGCAGCGCGAAGGCUCGGCCCGCCAAGGGACCGGGACCCCGAAGGGUUCCAGCGACCGAGAGACCGGGACGAGCGGCACAUGGAGGGGUUCCAGCGGCCUGGGCCACGUGGGGAUGACCGGCAGAUGGAGAGGCCGCCCCCCAUGCGGAAGCCCUCAAAUGCCCCCCCGCGAGAUGGAUAUGGGUACAGGGGUGAUCGACCGCAUUCGCAACAUGGAUAUGAGCCCUCGCGUGGUCCGCCGCCCGAGAGACCGAGGAAAGACCACUCGGACAUGACGACAGAUAUGCUGAGGGGUAUGGUGGACUUAAUCAAGUCUGGGAAGCUGCCCAUCCAGCCUCACCUAGAACCGGAACGGCGCAGCCACAGGGAGCGCAUGGUGGAGCCGAGAAUUGACUCGACGGUGGAGGCUGCGUCGAUCCUACGGGAUGUCGUCCAUCUGCUCAAGGUGGAUACGAUGAGAGGUGGCAUGGACCGCCCAUGUUCCCCUCCAAGCCCUCCACCGCACGGGUUUGGAUCUCCCCAAGGUUCUUACGAUCCCCGCUCUGGACCCGGCCCCUCUGGCUAUUUUGGUCGGCACGACGGUCACGGCAACCGGGGACCUCCCCCGGUCCCCCAUGGUGGGCCGAGAAGACACGACAGGGGCGGCCGAAUGAUGGGCCAUGGUCCUCCUGGGUCCCCCCCUGAUAUGCGGGGGGGCCGACGCAUGGAUGCCCCUCAGUCGGGUCAUUAUCCUCCUCGUGGAAGAAGUCCCUUCCGGAACGAGCGCAACAUCCCUGGGUCCGGCGGCAAUACAAUGCGAAUGCCCAUGAAACGAAGGGAAAUGGAUCAUCCGAUGAUGCCGCAGAACAAGCGCAUGCGAAUUCAAGAUUCUGCGCAAGGAUACGGUACAGGAGAUGAACACGAGAUGGAAGACCGCUACUGGAUAAAGUGCAAGUACGGCUGCUCGCUGUGCAAGUUCUUCACGUACGACGAGAAAAUCAUCAAGGAGCACAUGACGGGCGACAACCACCGGCACACGCUGCGUCUCGUGGACACCCUCUUCCCCAACGACAAACACAUCUCACACUUUCUGCAUAAAAAAAUUGAGUACAGGAAUAGCAAGAUAGUCCCGAUGACUCGCAAGAGAUGGGAACAAGACAACAGCCGGCCAUUCAACGAACUGAUUGAUGGCAUAACGCUGCCCGAAGGCUGGAUACGCACGGAGGUGGUGCGCUGUCUCGCUUGCCGCCGCUUCCUGCUCCGUAACAAGCUGGACCUGCGGCGCCACAUCGCCUCCAGCGCGCACGCCGCUUGCUACCAGACGUUCACAAACGAUAAGAAGAAGGGCAUUCAGAGCAUGGUUUUCCAAGUCUACGACAGUGCCACCAUGGCCCACCGCUUCCAACGCUUCAAGCGGGGUGAAGACGUUUUUGACGAGGAUGAAAUUAACGUCAAGGACAACAGCAAGUUGAAAAAAGAGGAUCCAAAAGCGAAGAAAGAUGCCAACAAGAAGUCUGCUCCCGCAGGCGCGGCCGCGGAAACAAAGGUCGUCGCUAAAAAGGGUAAAGCAGAUCUGGAGAAAUCGGCCAAGAAGAACCCCACGGAGCACAAGGAGUCGGCGGAUGGCGUCAAGGUCAAGACGGACGCAGACGGGAAACGGGAGGGUGAAACGGAGGCAGUCAAGGACGACAAGGAGAAGGGUGCAACGUCCGAGACGAGGGGGAAAGAGGAGGGCGCUGCGGCGAAGGAGGAGGAGGAGGAGACCCAAGGGGAGGAAGAUGACUUGGGAGAUGAUUCUGACCUCUUCCAGGAGCUCAUGGACGAAGACGAGGGCGAGGGAGGGGAGGACGAGGAGGCUGCAGCAGAGAGCGCCGAAGUGGCGAAGGGCACCAAGGAGACCGGGCAGGAGAAGCAGCCCCCCGAGGGAGGGGCGAUUGAGCACAGUGACGAGCUGGGAGAUAAGGAAGACCUGGAUUACGAGGAGGCGGAGGAGGAAGACGUGGAGGCUGAGGAGGAGGAAGAAGAUGAACAUGAGUUUGAAGAGGAUGAGGAAGAUGUUGAGGAGGAAAUGGAGGAGGACGAGGAGGGGGGGGAGGAGGAGGAAGAUGGAGGCAUGGGUGGGGACAAGGAAGACUGUUUGGAGGGGCUUCUAGAUGAGCAGGGUGACAAGUUUCAGGAAACAGACGCCACGACCACCGCCACCACCACAGCCACCACCACAGGCACCACCACAGCCACCACCACAGCCACCACCACAGCCACGACCGCUACGACCGCUACGAAGAAGGGGAAGUAAUUGUCAGUCUUGAGAAACAAGCGCCUGUUACUCGGUGCCAGCCUUAUAAAAGCCGCAUUAUCGCCCCAAAAGAGCCCUGCUUUUAACCCGACAUGGAGAGGCGCUGUGUUCAUUGGACCAAGUCUUCGUAUUUUCCGAGCGUCGCGUACGAAGAGAGUGGUGCUGUAGGGGUCAUCGUAACUCUCAGCAGUACGAGCGGCGUGCACGCGACACGAAGCCGAGUCGUAGAUGGGGAUUUGGUGUUAGAAUUGUUUGGCGUCCAGUGCGACAUUUAUUCUUUUGAGGAUCGUAGGAAACCCAUGAAUUCACAAUUCGAGGCAUGCAUUUCCUCAGAAAAUGUGAAUGUUUUCCAAUCCCCCCUUUAAAAUAUUGUCGUACUAUUGAGAAAUAUAUGAAGUUAUAGUUUUGUUUGCAGGUUGGUAUUGGGUUAUGCUAACGUGUCUAGGUUUGAAUCCUGAACUACAGCUGUAUUGGUAAUUGCCGAGGCUUGCAAGACAUCCUCAUUGAAAUAACAUUCAUGCAGGAGGCUUCGACUAUUAGUUUAUUAUGAAUCCUUAAAAUUGUAUUGGAUUAAAAGCGCAAUCCUUUACAAUGCCUCGCGAUGCGUGAAUUCCAACAGCGUGUUUGGUUGCCGUCGGACCCAAGUUUUAUGUUCGACAAAUCUUUUGAUUUGCAGGUGUUUGGUCUAAAAACCCCAAUAUUUCCUCCCAGCUGUAAUCGGACAGGGGUGAUGCGUGAGAGCAAUAUGACUGCGGUUAUUCAACAGCCGUGUAAAUGUCGCGUUGCAUGCCGAUGGUACCACAGCACCUGCGACCGUCAAGGUUACUGAGCAAUGCAGAGGUUCUGGGACAAUUGCGAAUUUCAUUCUCGGGCGUCCUGGCCCCCUCCCAAUGUUAGCAGUGAACCCCCCAAUGAAAUUCCACCUGUGUGCUGGUUACUUCAACACACUUUGCCCAUUUGUAUGGCAUUGAUAAGACACAUUUUUAUUGGUUAUUGGAACUGGUGUAGUGCGUUCAUGUACACUGGUUGACGGAAUUCGAUUAAUUUUUAUGUAAAUGGCAAGUGAUGUUGGGUUGGGAUUAAUCUCAAUUGUGUACAGCCUUUGUCCUUGGCAUGUACGUGGUGGGGGUGCGUGUUCGUUUUUUAUGAAGUCUGAUUGUGUCGAGCAACGCCUGAACUCUGCCCCGUUGUGAGCUGCCACUGCACAGCCUUCAACAGCACUCGUGAUGUGAAGUAAACGCAUGGGCCGGUCUUGGUUACGCUUGCUUCGCGCGUGUACAACAGCUGUUGGAUUUGAUUUGGAUUGAUCGCUGAUCUUCCUCGGUUGAUUAAUUUUAGUUGCAAUCGAAAUUGGCUGAAAAGUUUGCCCCCAGUUCGUGUUUGAAAUGUUUAUUCCCACGUGGAGUAUGCCACCCAUGUCGGCCCUGUGCCAUUUCAAGUGGGAUUUGCAUGCAUUGUGCAUUCGUUGUCACUCGAGCAGUGCAUCAGGUCGUGGACAUAACACGACGCUGCCACAAUGAUUAGAAAUUAGGCUCAGGCCACGUUGGACUAUACCUCCACGGCUCCUGUCUUGUCCCAUUGUGUCUGUGGUCUUGGCCCCUUUUAGUGUUUCUCCAUUUCUUCCCUGCCCCCCACCCCCCUUUUCUGAUCAUCGGGGCGUUAUGGUAUUGUACUUUAACAAGGUGUAACGUGUUUGGGUUAGCUUAUCUUGCCCCAUCUCCUGACACGACUCCCCCCUAGUCGUCGUCUUCCUUCCCGAUCUUUUCUGUCCCCUCACCGUGCCCUAUCCCGUUUACGGCCCUUUCUCCUUACAACUCCCCCUCCACUGACAUAAAAUUCCCUUGUUACAUUAAGCACCCCCCCCCCCCCCUUAAUCCUCCCAUUCCUCUCUUCAUGUCAAGCGCCUUGAGCAAAAAGCACUCCGUAAAUGUAAAUUAGAUUAUGCGAUCCUAAUUUAUAAUUGGCUUAAAAAAAAAAAUAAGGCUCUAAAGUUUUUUAUAAUAGGUUCUGAGGUCAAUCUAAAGUUCCAGCCCGUUUGCUUUUGAAAGUAAGAACAUUGGCUGUGCAUGUGGGGGCGGGGGGUGGUUAGGUUUACGUGGCUGGCUUUUUAACAAUCUGGCCAAACCUUUAAAGUUGCGGAGGGGAAAACGUGUAAAGGUUCAGCCCCGCAAUUGCUCGCUAACGCAACUGCCGGUGAAAGGGCAUCCACUGGAGGGCGCUCUAAAGAGCUGGGUAUUUUUGUCCUUGGAGUCAGUGAGAGUUACCCACACGUUGGCCCACACGACUUGUCGAUCGACUGGUGAACCCAUGAACACUGUUGGGUGGACGUACUUGAGGGGGUGCGGGGGGGGGAUUCAUGAAGCUUCUCUUCAUUUGCCAUGCCGGUGUGCUCACCAUUCAUGUCGAGCCGGCAUUUAAGUAAUGAUCCCCUUCCUCACCGCGGGGAUUUAUCCUGCAGAACGGCAGCACAUGGGCAGUGGCGAUUUAUGUUUUUUUAUGUCGAUGUUUCGUGUGUACGGUGUUUAUGUGUCGUGCAAGAGUAAACAAGGGUGUCCUUGCAUACCAUGUCGUGUCAAUGUCAAAUGGCGGGUGUUAAUCGGAGCAUGAUUGCCUAUUGUUGGAAAUAAAAUGAUUUGGGUAC